AUCGGCUUCUAGAACAUGACAUGCGGUCAUGUCAUCCAACCUAGCACUUCCCGUGGAGAUCUACCUCCCGAUCUUGGAAUACAUUGACGAUCUGGCAACGCUGGCUGCCCUAUGCGGCGUCGAUCGAGGAUUCUUGGACUUGGCGAGACGGAAACUGUACAAGUAUGUCUGGGUCAGACCUUGGGAGGCUGUACCGGAGCGCAAGUUCGACGGCCUUUUCAGUACACUCUCGCAAUCGACCGAGAUUGCUGCCCUGGUCGAGAGGCUGGACGUCAUCUAUUACCCCUUAGCCAGCCGAAAUGACUGGCCGACCAUAUGCAAUCAAGCGCUCUCCAACCUGAAGUCGCUCACCUCCCUGACAUGGACCAGGGAUCGAAGCCUGGGAUUCGAACACCUCGAAACACUAGCUAGCCUGGACCGCCUGACUAAACUUGAGAUAAACGGAAAUAGGUUGGAUCUGAAUCAACUUACGGCGAUACAAAAGCUGCAAAACAUCCGGGAGUUCAAGAUGCAUAUGCCGGAUAGUAUGAUGAUCACGGCUCUUCCGGGAAUAUUGAAGACAUGGCAUGGUUACGGGGCUCCCCUCGAGUCAUUCGAGAUCAUCACGAGAGACGCCAGAUAUAUCGAUGACCGACUCAUGAUCGAUAUAGCCCCCUAUUUGUGCAAACUCAAGGUGUUCAAACUAUUCGGCUGUCGACAUGUCACUCCGAGGGGAUACUUUGCCGUGCUCCGGGAAGCUGGCGCAACGUUGGAAGAGCUCGGGCUAGAAGGCGUGACCCAUGGUGAUGACGAGGACCAGUUGGACGAAGAUCUCUACCUAGAGAGGGAAUCUGCCAAGACGGUCGGGAUCCGAUUACCAAAUCUCAAACGGCUCUUUGUCUCAGAGACGGUCUUUCUGCGCUUACUUCAGCCGGACGAUAGUCGACGAGAACAACUGUACGUCGAACGGGCUCUCGCUCGACAUGGACCGAACGGUCUCAACCUGGCUUCGAUCGAGCGGGACGAUCGGAACCUCUCCCAGUUAGGGGGCACGUCGUUUUUGCCAGAAAGGCUGGAAUGGCUUUUAUUGUCCAGGGAGAGGGAUUCUAGGGAAUAUCACCGGAGUGUCGAAGCGAGUGGAAGGUUGAGCAACAUCGCACAGCUUUGGCCGGAAGGGUUGCAAAGGCUGUGGUUGUCACACCUGAUCGUCGACUUUCGGGAUCUGGAUUUAAUCGCCGACAAGCUGCCUGGACUCGAAACGUUGAUGAUCAGAUUACCGCCGACGAAGUAUCCACCCCAGCGGAUCGCCAAGUUCCUUCAAAAACUGCCAAGGCUCCGGGUGUUUCACCUGCAGAUCGCGCCCGAGACGCAGACGAUGUCGAACGACACGCUAUUUAGCUUGGAGGACAUGCAACUCAUCGCCCGGGAAGCGGGACCUCAACUCGCCCAGAUCGGGUUUUUCAAUCGGAUCUUCACGGUCAGACGGAAAAGAACCUUGACGACAGAAGUGGUCGAAGAGAGACCGAGGGCCUGGGCUCGGAUCGACCCGCCGGAAGACGAACCGAAGGGGCCGUCUACGGUGCAGAUCAUGGUCGAACAUGAGGAGGUCUACCUCGAGCCAUGGCAAAGAGGAUCACUGUCGGUGCCGGAGAUCUUCCAGGUCUGGCGAGUCUGAGUCUGAUAGAAGGGCUGGUAUACUGUAUCUUAUUAUCUGUCGCGUAUCGUUGGGCGAUACAGCCCCCAAGAGGAGAUCGCUGGAGAGACUAUCGCGUUCCGUUGUAACACUUACGCUGGAAGGGAUGUCGUCGAUGAUCGGACGAUUGGUAGCAACAGUUGAAGGUAUGGCAGAGGCGAUCGUGCAACCUUCUGUACAGAGUGCUUCCAACAUUUGGCGUUUUUGGGGUCCAAAAGCAACAGCUGGCAGCCGUCAACAAAUUCAGGCUCAAGUCUUGCCGAGACUGCCUUGUCGAUCACAGUAGGGUCAAAUUGCAAUCGGUCCAGCAGAGCCGAGGCACGUGCCU